AAAUGCGAAUAAAUCUUUGGAAUUAGUAAAUAAUGCUGACCGAUUAUCACAAUCUAAUCACAACAUUAUUAACACGGAUGAUAAUAAUAAUAAUAACAAUAAUAGUAAUCAUUCACCAAAAACUCCUACAAAUUUAACAUCUGAUAAGAAACAACUGCUACAAUCCAAUCAACCACAACAACAAUUGUCAAAAUAUUCACAAAUUGUAACUACUACUACUACUACUCUUUCUACUACUGCUACUACUGUUUCAACGAAAUAUAAUCCAUAUGUUGGUGCAUCAUUUCGUGAGAAUCGUGAUUAUAUUGGUUUAGUUAUUGGUCGAGCUGCUGUUACACCUUCACCGAUUACAACUACUGUUGAUAUGCAUCAAACUUAUCAAAGUAUUGAACGAAGACCGUUAAAAGGUAGAUUUUCUUUUUCUUGUUUUACUUGA